ACACUCUCACACACUCACACACUCACAGCAGAGGAACCAAGAUGAAUAAAUUUGCCCAAAUGGUCGGAGAGAAAGUGGGAGACAUCGUGGAAGACGCAGUGACGAGCGCGCUGGGUGGAGACAAAGACGAGAAGAAGAAGGAUGAGGAAGGAGGAGGAGGAUUCCUGUCGUUCUUUGGAGGCAACAAGAAGAAAGAGGAGGAGGAGAAAGGAGGACUCUUCUCGUUCGGAGACGACAAGAAGAAAGAGGAGGAGAAGGAGGGUUCUUCUCAAAGAUCUUCGACAGGGACGACGAUGACGGAAAGGCGCCGAAGAAGUCGGGGUUCGCCGGUCUGUUCAGUGAGCAGGAGGGGGGGGGGCGGCGCCGGGGGGGUGGAAGCAGGAAGUGAAGGCAGUGGAGGAAAUAAAGGACAAAGCGUAGCAGUCAGUGACAGAGAUCUGAUGGACGACCUGAUGGACGUAGCCGAAGAAACGUCCAACAAGAAGUAAGACGACCAGCAGCCUGACCUCCGUCUGUGACCUCUGACCUCUGUCUGUGACCUCUGACCUCCGUCUGUGACCUGACCAUUGACGUAUAAACGGCCUGAUUCUGCCCCCUGCUGGCCGAUUAACGUGUUUACGGCCUGAUUCUGCCCCCUGCUGGCCGAUUAACGUGUUUACGGCCUGGUUCUACUGUGUGUAGUUGUGAUGUUUCUUGUUUAUUUUUAUUAUUUUCUUGCUGAUGUUUGUGAAGAACUUUGUAACUUUGUUUAAAUGAUAUAAAGUUUUAUAGCGGAUCCAUUUACUCUGUUUAUAACAGACUGAACACAUUUAUUAUAUAAUUAUAAUAUUUGUACCUGAAUGUUAAA